AUGGUUGAUGUUGAUCCUGACUUCUUCUCUUCCAUUGAUCUUGAGCUCGAUCAAGUAACCCAAUACUUUCAAUUUGAUCCUCCGGUUACCGUUACUUCUUCGAUAGAAACCCCCAUUCUUCAAAACUUCCACUCGGUUGAAUCCAAAUUGCAACAUGGCAUUGGUGGCGGAGUUGGUGGGUUAGGUGGUGCUGGUGGUGGUGUUGGAGGUUUGGGUGGUGCUGGUGGCGGUGUUGGAGGUUUGGGUGGGACUGGAGGAGCGGAAGGCUUAGGCGGCGGUCCUGGAGGCUUGAGUGGUGGCACUGGUAUCGGAAGUUUGGGUGGGCCUGGAGGAAUUGGAAGUUUGGGUGAGCCAGGAGGAGCUGGAGGCCAAGAUGGGGCCGGUGGUCCCGGAGGCUUAGGUGGUGGAAGUGGUGGCUUGGGUGGUGGUUCUAGUAGUACGACUGGAGGAGAUGGAGGACAAGGAGGUGGUAGUGGUGGUUUGGGCGGUGGUGCUAGUAGUCCUUAA